AUGUCCACUUGGUCGCAAGAUGCGGAGGAGAUCUCGCGCGAGGCCAAGGCGUCUAAGCUGAGCGGACGAGUUCACAUAAUUGGCCUGGGCAACGCAGGAACAUUCAUUGCACAUUCGCUGGCUGCACGACAGUCUCCGCCUCCUAUCACCCUACUUAUGCACCAAGCCUCAUUCUACCAGACCUUUCGAAGGAAAAAGCGGAGCUUAGCCGUCAACUACAACGGACUUGACGACAACAGGACCGGCUUCGACGUUGAAAUCCUAGAAGACAAAGUAUGGCGGAGGAUACCGUCCAGAGAAGAACAGCAUGACGCACAGGAGGAAGACGAGAUGUACGAGAACGAUCAAAAUUUUCAUGAGGAGGAGGAGGGGCACAUUGAGUGCCUGAUAGUCUGUUGCAAGGCCUACAUGACCGAGAAGGUUAUCAGAGACGUUCGUCACCGGUUGAGCCCCAACUCGACCAUCCUGCUGGUCCAAAAUGGAUUGGGCAUCGUUGAGAAGCUGAACAGAGAUCUGUUUCCCGAUGAACACAGUCGGCCGCAUUACAUGCAGGGCGUGCUCAGCCACGGCCUGAAGAAACAAGACUCAUAUAAAAUCGGCCACGUCAGUGUGGGCUCGUUAAUACUUAGUCCUGUUGUUACCAGUCAUACUCCCCUGAUCGAGGCCGAAAGAGACACGCAUUGGGCCCCCACGACGAAAUACCUCCUUCGUCUAUUGACUCUGACACCUUCCUUGGUCGCUACUGCGGACACGCCUGCUGGUCUUUUGCAAUACCAAUUGGAAAGGCUGACCGUUAGCUCUGUUCUUGGCUCGCUUGGGGCAAUCCACGACUGCAAAAACCGCGAUCUUCUGCAUAAUUAUGCUGUCUCGCGCACUAUGCGAUUGCUUCUCUUGGAGAUCUCGAGCGUCAUCUACGCUCUGCCUGAGCUGCGUGGCAUUCCAGGAAUCGAAGACCGCUUUUCGCCUGAACGCUUGCGGCGACUUGUUAUCAACGUUGCAGCAAAUCGUCCAGAGGAUGCGAGCUCAUUACGAAACGACUUGCGUUAUCAGCAAAACACGGAAAUCGAUUUCUUGAAUGGGUGGAUUGUCAGGCGUGGCGAAGAACUCGGCAUGAAAUGUGUUCUGAACUAUAUGAUCGUGCAAUUGGUGCUGAGCAGAAUGCAAAUGAUCAGCCAAAGGGAAGCCAGUGCUGUUCCCAUUGAUUUUGAGAAUGUCAUCCUCACCGGUGAUAACACCAAGGAUGACUAA